UCAGAUAAAAUAAGAAAAGCAACCAAAGCAAAAGCAAUCAAAGAAAAGCAACCAAAACCAAAGCAUAGUUGUUGCCAUACCAAAGGAAAAAAAAGGCAUAGUAGUUUCUAUUUGCUUUUAAUAAUAGAAAGCCGCCGAUGCAACCGAAGCAGUCAAAUUAUAUUCCCCCAAUUUCUUCCCAGCAUCGACCUUUGUACUUUCUUAUUCAAAUAUAUAUAUAUAUAUAUACCAAUACUGUAUAAUUUAUUAAAGUAUUAUAUAAAUUGAAAUUCCAUUUCUUUUAGAAAAUUGAAAAGCAAAAGCAAACCUACAAUUCGAAUCCCAAUCCUAACCUUCCUCCAAUUUCCCUUAAAAUACGAGCAAAAAUUUGUUGGUUUUGUGAAAAAGUUUGAAACUUUCCACAAAUUCAAUUGAAAUUAACAAUCUUUUUAUUUAAAAUAUUUAUGGGGUUUGCAUAAAUUAUCAAUCUUUUUGUUCAAAUAUUUGUGGGUUUUGUGUCUAUACAAGCAUGGUAUAGUGGGUUUGUUUUGUAAUAUAAAAUAGUUAGAAUUUUACACAAAUCCUGCCGAAAUUAACGAUCUUUUUGUUGCUAUAUUUUGUGGGUAUUGCUUAAAUUAUCAAUCUUUUUGUUAAAAAGUUUGUGGGUUUUGGUUAAACAACAAUCUUUUUGAUGGGUUUGUUUAGGUUUUGAAAAUUUUGAAUAUAAAGAUUGUUUCUUUUCAAUAGAAUUAUAUAAAGAUGUUGUGUAGGAUGAUUCCCAGAAAAAAGAAGACAGGGACUGUUCCUGUAUAUUUGAAUGUAUAUGAUCUCACUCCAAUAAAUGGUUAUGCUUAUUGGGUUGGCCUUGGUGUGUAUCACUCUGGUGUUCAAGUACAUGGUAUAGAAUAUGCAUUUGGUGCACAUGAACAUUCGACAACGGGGAUAUUUGAAGUAGAGCCAAGGAAAUGCCCGGGAUUCACAUUUAGGAAAUCAAUAUUAAUAGGAAGAACGGAUUUUGGCCCAAGAGAGGUUCGUGGAUUUAUUGAAAAAUUGGCAACAGAGUACUCGGGAAACAGUUAUAAUCUCAUCACAAGAAACUGUAAUCACUUCUGCAACGACAUGUGUCUAAGGUUGACCAAGAGGCCGAUUCCCAGUUGGGUCAACAGACUUGCUCGACUUGGUUUUCUUUGCAAUUGUGUUCUUCCUGCUGGUCUAAACGAAACAAAAGUGAGACAAAUUAGAGUAGAUGAAAGUUCCAAUACCGAGAAGAAGCUAAGAAGCCAUUCAAGCAGAUAUACAUCAACAUCUAAACCUCAAAACCCAUUACCGUCUCGUACUUCAAGUUCAUCAACGAGAAAAAACUUGUCUCCAAGAACAAAUGUGAAGCCAUUAACAGUCGGAAAAUGUAACGAAAGUUAGUCAAUAUAUGUUAUAGCAUCGACUACUGAAGUUUAUCGCUUGUUUUAUUCUUGACUGGAUGAACAAUAAUGCAUAGUUAUCAUCACAAAUUUGUUGAAGUUGAAGAUUUUGCUCUAAAGAUUAUUUAGCAACUUUUAUUUUCUUACAAAAAGAAAAAAAGAAAACACAGGAUUAUAUUGAAAAUUAUGUAAAGCUGGUGGAAUGCAUAUGCAGCCCAUAAGUAAUGGGUGUGGAUCUAGUCAGAGUUCUUAUGGCAAAUGAAGUUGCUGUCUAGCAGAUUGUAAAUGGGGAUAGUCAGAAGACAUGAAUGGUGUGGAUUGUUUAAGGUUUGUCGAUUUUAAUAUAUGAUUAAUGGGGUCCAUUCCCAUGAUGUGAUGGAGUA